UUCUUCUGUCCUUUCCAGCAUGUAGUUCUUUCUUUUAUAUAUAUUUUUUCGUUUUAGUUCGGAGAGCAUUCCAUAGCUACAUCCUCAAGGUGGUCCGCAAGCAUGGCAGAUGAGACGGUACCGGCUAAUCUCACCCUUGACCUUGAUCAAGCCGAAUGCUUGAUCCUCAAGAUGGUCCGCAAGCCCGACGGCACGAUAACUUGGGAUGCACCAUUCACCCACACCCCCGCCGCACCUGAUCCCACCUCCGACACUCCAGUCCUCACCACAGACGUUACCAUCAACGAAUCCAACGGCACCUGGCUCCGAAUUUUCCUCCCCCGCCGAUCAGUCCAGUCCUCUUCCUCCGUCGGAGCCGGCAAACUGCCUCUCGUGGUUUACUUCCACGGCGGCGGGUUUAUCAUCUGCAGCGCAGCCACGACGGAGUUCCACAAUUUUUGCGCCACCAUCGCCGCCGAACUCCCCGCCAUGGUCGUCUCCGUCGAGUACCGCCUCUCGCCGAAGCACCGUUUGCCGGCGGCCUACGACGACGCUGUGGAGGCUCUGCACUGGAUCAGGUUCACGGACGAUCAGUGGCUGAAAGAGCACGCCGAUUUUUCCAACUGUUUCCUCAUGGGGAGCAGCGCGGGCGGAAACAUGGCGUACUGGGCGGGGCUGCGCGUAGUGGAGGAAGACCUUUCGCCGUUGAGGAUCGGAGGGCUGAUACUGCACCAACCAUUCUUCGGUGGGAUUGGAAGGAGCGGGUCGGAGCUGAGACUGAUGAACGACGCCGUUUUGCCGUUGUGGGUUACGGAUCUGAUGUGGGAUCAGGCGUUGCCGGAGGGCGCCGAUCGGGAUCACGAGUUUUGUAAUGUGACGAGUGGAGGUGGGUGCCAUCUCUUGGAGCAGAUCGGGCGGCUGGGAUGGAGGGUCAUGGUGACAGGCUGCAGCGGGGAUCUGUUGAUCGACCGGCAGGUUGAGUUUGCGAAGGUGGCGGAGGGGAAGGGGGUGGCCGUGGCGAAGCAGUUUGAGGAGGGAGGGUAUCACUGUGCGGAGGUGAUUGAGCCAUCCAAAGGAAAGGUACUGCUGGCUGCUCUGAAAAAUUUCGUAUUACCUAAUUCGGAGGGAUUCGCUAUUGUGUAAUUUCCAUGCGCGUGUGAUUGAGCAUUCAAUCUCGCAUGAAUCAAUCUAUAUGAAAUUUCAAUUUCGCACAAAACUCAAUAAAAUUCAGUCUUUAAAUUUAAAUUCAAA